AUGGAUACGGCGGUAUCAGCACAUCAGCGCAAGAUUGAGCUGCAGAGUCCCGAGGACCUGACGUACCUGCUGGCCAAUGUCCGGCGCGCCGCCGCCGAGCGCGUCAAUGAGGCCUUCCCGCCAGUCGAGGGCGCACAAGGCGAGGAUGAGCUGCGGGAUCGAAUCGAAGAACUCGUGGAAGAGUACAUAACAAAGACAUUUACUCUCUCUGCGCCCAAUCUGUCUAUCAAUGGCAUGGGCAUCGACGACAUAUCGCCCGACCUCGCCAUCCUCUCAGCAGACUACGACCCCUCCUCCAAAGGCCCCGCCCAGCCCGAGGUCGUCUAUACCCCAUUCGACCCGCGUCUGCGCGCCCGAGUGGAAGACCUGACCCGCGAGGAGGAAGAUUUGCUGCGGGACAUUGCCGCGCUCAAGAAAUCCAUCCCGGGCGCAACGGCGGCAGCGCACGCCGCGACCUUCAAGGCGGGCCUCAAGCAGGACGAGGAGGCGCUGGAGGCGGCCAAGACCAAGAUCGCGACCGCUAGCGACAACGGCGCGGAUGCUGAGCGCGAGAGGGCGGCUGGCGGCGGGGGGCUCAAUUUGGACAAGUUGGAAAGACAAGAAGAUGUCGAGCGCGCAUACGGCAGAGCCGUGCAGGGCCUCACCAAGCUAAAGAGGGAGAUGCCGGCCGUAGUCGCGCGCAUGGAACGGGCCAGAGCGGCUGGAAGCUAUGUCGUCACGGAGAAAUGA